GCCCGAACGUAAACACGGUGCGUCCCUCGGCGAGCCGGGCGGGGCCUGGACGAGGGGGGAGUCGGCGCAUGCGCAGACGCUUGACGGGUUUUGAAAAUGGCUCUUCAGCUCUGGCGGCGACCCGGCUCAGAUCACUAUUGUAGAAGAAAACCAACCAGAGGCUUUUGUCUUACACCAUGGCUCAAUUUGGAGACAGAAGAAUCCACCAUGGGCUACUCAGUUACUGCCACUGCAGUUUCACAGCCAGCUGCUUUAGGAGUUCAGCAGCCCUCAUUACUUGGAGCGUCCCCUACCAUCUACACUCAGCAGACAGCACUGGCGGCGGCAGGCCUGACUACACCCACUCCUGCCAACUAUCAGCUCACUCAGACUGCAGCCUUGCAGCAACAAGCAGCAGCUGCUGCCGCAGCCCUACAACAGCAAUAUUCACAACCUCAACAGGCCCUAUAUAGUGUGCAGCAACAGUUGCAGCAACCUCAGCAGACCUUGUUAACACAGCCAGCUGUCGCCUUGCCUACGAGCCUGAGCCUGUCCACUCCUCAGCCAGCAGCACAAAUCACUGUCUCGUACCCAACACCGCGGUCAAGUCAGCCGCAAACUCAGCCCCAGAAGCAGCGAGUUUUCACAGGCGUUGUUACCAAGCUACAUGAUACGUUCGGCUUUGUGGAUGAGGAUGUGUUUUUUCAGCUCAGCGCUGUCAAGGGGAAAACCCCGCAAGUAGGGGACAGAGUGUUGGUGGAAGCCACCUACAACCCCAGCAUGCCUUUCAAAUGGAAUGCACAAAGAAUUCAGACCCUGCCAAAUCAGAAUCAGUCUCAGACCCAGCCUUUACUGAAGACGCCCCCGGCUGUGCUCCAGCCACUUGCCCAGCCUACUGCGUUUGGUGUUCAGGCUCAGCCUCAACCACAGUCACUGUUGCAAGCCCAGAUUUCAGCAGCAUCAAUUACACCUUUGCUUCAGACUCAGCCGCAGCCUUUAUUACAGCAGCCGCAACAGAAAGCUGGUUUGUUACAGCCCCCUGUCCGUAUAGUUUCACAGCCACAACCAGCACGAAGGUUAGAUCCACCGUCCAGAUUUUCAGGGAGAAAUGACAGAGGGGACCCAGUUCCUAACAGAAAAGAUGACAGAAGUCGUGAAAGGGAACGAGAGAGACGUAGAUCUCGGGAAAGAUCACCUCAGAGAAAGCGUUCCAGGGAGAGAUCUCCCCGAAGAGAGAGGGAACGAUCACCUCGAAGGCCCCGGCGUGUGGUUCCUCGUUACACUGUUCAGUUCUCAAAGUUUUCACUUGAUUGCCCUAGUUGUGACAUGAUGGAACUAAGACGUCGUUAUCAGAAUCUAUACAUCCCUAGUGACUUCUUUGAUGCUCAGUUUAUGUGGGUUGAUGCUUUUCCUUUGUCAAGACCAUUCCAACUGGGAAACUACUGUAACUUCUAUGUCAUGCACAGAGAGGUAGAUCCUUUGGAGAAAAAUGUGGCUAUUCUUGACCCGCCUGAUGCCGAUCACUUGUAUAGUGCCAAGGUAAUGCUGAUGGCUAGCCCUAGUAUGGAAGAUUUAUAUCACAAAUCAUGCGCUCUUGCUGAAGAUCCACAAGAACUUCGAGAUGGAUUCCAACAUCCUGCUAGACUUGUUAAGUUUUUAGUGGGCAUGAAAGGCAAGGAUGAGGCCAUGGCUAUUGGAGGCCACUGGUCUCCUUCACUGGAUGGACCAGACCCAGAGAAAGAUCCCUCUGUGUUGAUAAAGACUGCUAUUCGUUGUUGUAAGGCUCUGACAGGCAUUGAUUUAAGUGUGUGCACUCAAUGGUACCGUUUUGCAGAGAUUCGCUACCAUCGCCCUGAGGAGACCCACAAGGGGCGUACGGUUCCAGCUCAUGUGGAGACAGUGGUUUUAUUUUUCCCGGAUGUUUGGCAUUGCCUUCCCACCCGCUCAGAGUGGGAAACCCUCUCCCGAGGAUACAAGCAGCAGCUGGCCGAGAAGCUACAGGGUGAACGCAAGGAGGCUGAUGGAGAACAGGAUGAAGAAGAGAAGGAUGACGGUGAGGCGAAAGAAAUCUCCACACCCACCCAUUGGUCUAAACUUGAUCCAAAGACAAUGAAGGUAAAUGACCUCCGUAAAGAAUUAGAAAGCCGAGGCUUAGUUUCUAAAGGAUUAAAAUCCCAGUUGAUAGCCCGCCUGACAAAACAGCUUAAAGUAGAAGAACCGAAAGAGGAACAGAAGGAGUUGGAGAAAUCUGAAAAAGAAGAGGAAGAAGGAGACAGGAAAUCUGAAGACGAUAAAGAGGAAGAAGAAAGGAAACGUCAGGAAGAAAUGGAGCGCCAGCGCCGAGAAAGGCGGUAUAUUUUACCCGAUGAGCCAGCCAUUAUUGUACACCCUAACUGGGCUGCAAAGAGUGGCAAGUUUGACUGUAGCAUCAUGUCUUUGAGCGUACUUUUGGACUACAGAUUAGAGGAUAACAAAGAACAUUCAUUUGAGGUUUCAUUAUUUGCAGAGCUCUUCAAUGAAAUGCUUCAAAGAGACUUUGGUGUCCGGAUAUAUAAAUCCUUAAUAUCCCUUCCCGAAAAAGAGGAUAAAAAGAAAAGGAUAAGAAAGCAAAAGGAAGAGAGAAAAGAGAAAAAGGAAGACAGGGAUGAUGAAAUUGACGAGCCAAAACCAAAAAGGAGAAAAUCGGGAGAUGAUAAAGAUAGAAAAGAUGACCGAGAAGACAGAAAGAAAGAAGAUAAAAGGAAAGAUGAUAAAGAUGAUGAUGAAACUGAAGAAGAUAAUAACCAAGAAGAAUAUGACCCGCUGGAAGCCGAAGAUGCUGAAGAUGAAGAGGAUGAUCGGGAUGAAGAAGAGAUGAAUAAACGAGAUGACAAAAGAGAGGUUAAUCGAUAUGGCAAAGAGAGAGCUUCUAAAGAUAAGGAAAAAGACAAGACACAGAUGAUUACAGUUAACAGGGAUCUUUUGAUGGCAUUUGUUUAUUUUGAUCAAAGCCACUGUGGUUACCUGCUUGAGAAGGAUAUGGAAGAAAUACUAUAUACUCUCGGGCUUCAUCUUUCCCGGGCUCAGGUUAAAAAACUACUUAAUAAAGUAGUACUCCGAGAGUCCUGCUUUUACAGAAAAUUAACAGAUACCUCAAAAGACGAAGAAAACCAUGAAGACUCAGAAGCAUUGCAGGAAGAUAUGCUAGGAAACAGAUUGCUGCUCCCAACACCAACAGUAAAACAGGAGUCAAAGGUUGUGGAAGAAAAUGUUGGCCUGAUCGUGUACAAUGGAGCGAUGGUGGAUGUGGGGAGUCUCUUGCAAAAACUGGAGAAGAGUGAAAAAGUCAGAGCUGAAAUUGAGCAGAAGCUCCAGUUACUAGAGGAUAAAACAGGUGAGGACGAGAAGACUAUUUUACAUUUGGAAAAUUCUAACAAAAGCCUAACUUGUGAACUCAGAGAAGUCAAAAGGGACCUUAGUCAACUACAAGAAAACCUGAAGACUUCAGAAAAUGCAAAUUUGCAAUAUGAGAACCAACUUAAUAAGACAGUCAAAAAUUUAUCCACAGUUAUGGAUGAGAUUCAUACUGUUCUUAAGAAGGAUAAUAUGAAGAAUGAAGACAGAGAUCAAAAAUCCAAAGAAAAUGGUGCAAAUGUAUGAUAAAAUUUGUUUUUGAGAAGAAUGGUGUUACAUAAUGUAAUAUAUAAAUCAUGAUACCAGAAUGUUUGAAAGUGACGCAUGUUUGAUUUUAGUAGUAUAAAUAUCUGUUUAGUUUGAAAGAUGUAUAAAGUUUUAUGAAUGUGAGUCUCUGCUUUUGAAAAUUGCUUGUAAUUCAUAGCAUUCAAUUUAUUAGACACUCUUUGAGUGAAAUAAUUUUGCAGAAUGUUUUAGGAUGAACUUUGUUAUAGUUUUAACCCUAAUAAAGUUCAUCAAUUUAAUGGAUAGUAGCAAGUAUUUAAUUACCAAAUGUCUUUCAUAAAAAAAAGGUCUAGUAAAGUCGAAAUUUCUUUAUUUAUAGAAUUAUCAUUAUUAGGUUUUUAUUUUGAAUUCAGUCCAUCUUUUUAAAAAAUCCAGUGUAAAUCAUAAAAUAGCAUGCUACAUAAUUUUGCAAGUUUUUUGGGGAACCCAAAAUUUUUUACUCACCACAAAAAGCUUCUUCCUCCUUCUAAUCAUAUUCCUCCUCUCAAACUGCUUAUUAAAAUUCAAGCCCCAUCAAAUACUCGGAAAGCAAUAGUAAGCCACCAUUAUUCUUGGGGUAACUUGAUGGGGUUUACAUGAAAAUGAAGUUGAGCUUAUUUGAAUGUGUUCAUUGUGCUCUUUUAUCAAGAGUCCUGCUUUCCUCAAGAGUGUUUAUAAUGUAAAAACACAGUGAUUGAAAUGUAUAGUUCAAUUUGAGGCCAGUAGAUGUCAGCAUAAUGCCUUACAAGGAAAAAAAAUACUGUAAUUUAAAUUAAACUCCUUAAAUUAGGAUUGAUUUUUUAAAAAAUAGUUUUUCCUCUAGUUCCUUCAGAGUGUUACUGGAUGUUUAGGAUCUGAUAAGCUCUUAAUUGUAAAAAGUAGGUUAAAUCUGUUACAAAGCCAUGAGAUGAUUUACCAUCUUAAACAAAAAGGCCUGUUUUAAGUUUAAAAAUACUUAGUGAUGCAUAUUUCCAGGAAAAAAAAAAUUUUAAUGAGAUCUUUGCAGUUUUCUUUUUUGCUAGAACGACGAAUUUUUAGUCUUGAUGUCCCAGGUGAUAGACUGUGAGAACACCAGUGCUCCAAAGGGGAGCCACACAGUGGCUCUCACUCCCCAGAGACGGGUUCCAGUGCCCCCAGACUGUUCUGUUCCAAUCUGUUUUUGUCUGAAGUUGCUGAAUGUUGUGUUUGUUUGGGAUUCUCUGAAAGACCAGCUCAUGUACAGAAAUGUUUUCUUUCUCUCUGAGCAGAGAUUAAACAACAUAGAGUGUAGGUGAAAAAUGUUCUUCUUUAUUUUUUAAUUAAAAUAAUUUUUUAAAAGAAGAUGA